UAAGUGCUUGCAGUGCUGUGAAGACAUGGAUCGUGUUAAGUUUAAAGUUAAUGACAAAGAAUAUACCGUCGGAUGCGAGAUCAGCUCGGACACGUCGCUGCUGGAGUACCUCCGCAGAUGGCUGGAGCUGCGCGGCACCAAGUACAUGUGCCAGGAGGGCGGCUGCGGCGCCUGCGUCGUCAGCGUCGCCAAGCACCCUGGCGCUCCCACUGAAGCUGUUAAUGCGUGUUUAGUCUCUGUGACGUCAUGCCAUGGCUGGGAGAUCACUACCAUUGAAAAGAUUGGCAACAAACUGAUGGGGUACCACCCCCUACAGAAGGCUCUUUAUGAAAACAAUGGAUCGCAGUGUGGAUAUUGCAGCCCUGGAUGGGUGAUGGCUUUGUAUAGCCUCCUGAACAAGAAGAGUUUGACCAUGCUGGAAAUAGAACAAUCGUUAGCAAGCAACGUCUGCAGGUGUACCGGCUAUCGGCCUAUCAUAGAAGCCUUCAAGAAGUUCGCGAAAGAUUCCCCCGAUCCUUACCCCAUACUUGAUAUAGAAGACCUGAGCGUUUGCAAAAAGACCGGUGACGUCUGCUCCAAAACCUGCGACGAGUACGAUUGGUGUGUUGUUUCUAAAGAAGAUGUCAAGCAAUCCAGCGUCAUUCAUAUCAAAUUAAGUGACAACAGAGACUGGUAUAGAGUCGAAGAUAUUACUGAUGUGUUCAGGAUCCUAGAUGCCCAUGGCACUGACUCGUAUAUGCUGGUAGCUGGGAAUACUGCUAAAGGUGUAUACCCCAUACUCGAAUAUCCUCGCCUUCUAAUAGAUAUAUCAGCUGUAGCAACCUUGAAAGGUUACUACAUGGACCAGAAUCUUGUGCUCGGUGCUGGUAACACCCUGACUGAUGUUAUGGAUACGUUUGACGAAAUAGCUAAAACUGACUACUUCAGUUAUUUGAACACGUUCAAUGAACAUUUGAAAUUAGUCGCACAUAUACCGGUUAAGAAUAUUGGAACAGUAGCUGGCAAUCUUAUGAUAAAGAACAAACACAAUGAUUUCAAUUCGGAUAUCUUCUUGCUAUUCAAUACAGUAGGAGCUGAACUAAGCAUUUUAAACGAUAGCGGCAGGGUCAAUAAGAUAAGUAUGCAGCGGUUUUUAAAAGAAGACAUGAAGGGAAAGGUUAUCCUUAAUGUUCUUUUACCUCCUCUGAAUGAUCAAAACAAAAUAGUCACUUAUAAGAUAAUGCCUCGCUCUCAAAACGCACACGCUAUUGUGCACGCUGGAUUCUUAUACAAAAUAAACACCUAUGACGACAAAGUAUCUGAUUGUCGUAUUGUAUAUGGAGGUCUAUCAACAGCUUUUAUUAGAGCAAAUCUAACUGAAAGAUACCUCAUCGGUAAGAAGCUCUUUACAAACGAGACGCUACAAGGUGCUAUCAGUGUGCUAGAUAAAGAAAUGGUUGUCACUGAGAAUCCUCCCGAACCGUCUGUGGAGUAUCGCAGGAAGUUGGGGUUAGGUCUGUUUUAUAAGGGCUUGAUGUCACUCUGUCCACAAAAUAUACUAGCUCCCCAAUAUAGAUCAGGAUCUGUUCGAGUUCGCGAAUCACGAGGACUGUCUGAUGGCAGGCAAAUAUUUGACACGAAUCCAUCGUUGUGGCCACUAAAUCAGCCUACUCCUAAAUUCGAUGGUCUGGUACAAUGCGCGGGUGAGGCGAAAUACACGGAAGAUAUUCCAGCUAUUCCCAAAGAAGUGUUCGCCACAUUUGUAUUGAGUACUGUGGCUUUAGGAACAAUUGAAAACAUUGACGCCAGUAAUGCUUUAGCAGAACCAGGUGUAAUAGCAUUCUAUAGCGCUUCAGACAUACCUGGACAAAAUAGUUUCACACCAGCGCCAAGCAUUUUUUACACGAGCAACGAAGAGUUUUUAUGUGAAAGGGACGUAAAAUAUUUCAACCAACCCCUCGGAAUCAUUGUUGCUGAGACACAACAAAUAGCUGAUAGAGCUGCAACUCUGGUCAAAGUUACAUACUCAAAUGUUAAAAAACCAGUUCAAGAUAUCAAAGAAGCAAAAAACGAUACAAAUAGGAACACACUAUUCUCCUCUUCAAACGCAACUAAAACUGGGAACGAUGUAGUAAAAGUAAUAAAAGGAGAAAACACGUCUCGAGGACAAUAUCAUUUUUGUAUGGAAACUCUUGUUUGUGUAACCCAUCCUACUGAAGUAGGACUUAGAAUAUAUCCUGCAACACAAUGGAUUGAUGCAGUUCACAGAGUAGUAGCGAGGGUAUUGAAUAUUCAACAAAAUAAGAUAGACGUUUCCGUGAGUAGAUUGGGUGGUGCUUAUGGAUUAAAAAUAUCACGAUCCAAUCAGGUUGCAGCGGCUUGUAGUUUGGUGUCACAUAAAUUAAACAGACCAUGUCGUUUUAUUCAGUCACUGCGGACUAACAUGCGAGCUGUUGGCAAAAGAUUUCCCUGUUCUACGUCUUUUGAGGUCGGAGUUAAUGCACAAGGUGUCAUACAGUACAAUAAUUAUAACCUUUAUGAGGAUAACGGGUAUAUUAUUGACGAGCCUCUAACUAUGCUUGGUGUUGACGUUUUCUAUAAUUGUUAUGAUAAAGCUGCGUGGAAUUACAAAUCAUACGAUACUGUCACAGAUUCUACAUCGCAUACGUGGUGUAGAUCACCAGGUUCCUUAGAAAAUAUUGCAAUGGCUGAAUUGUUAAUGGAAAGAAUUGCAUAUGAAAUGAAUCUUGAUCCACUGAACGUUCGUCUUGCCAAUUUGGACACAGAAAAGCAUAAUGAUAUAAACGAACUUCUAACCACUCUGAAAACUAAUUCCCAAUACGAGGACAGGAAAGUUGCAGUUGAUAAAUUUAAUUCUGAGAACAGAUGGAAGAAGAGAGGAUUGAGACACGCUUUUUUGAGAUGGACUCCAUCUGGAUCGCAAUAUUUCGAAGUAAACUUAUCAGCCUACUUCGACGACGGUACGGUUAUUGUAACGCAUAGCGGAGUCGAGAUGGGCCAAGGAGUUAAUACCAAAGCUGCUCAAAUGUGUGCAUAUUACCUCAACAUUCCUGUAGAAAAAGUACAAAUUAAACCCAAUGAUAAUGUUAUAUCACCGAAUGCAUUUGCAUCCGGAGGAAGCAUAACUUCUCAAAACGUUGGAAUAGGUAUCCAAAGAUGUUGCCAGCAAUUAUUAGAUAGACUUGAACCUAUUAAAGCACAAAUGGAUAAUCCAACGUGGGCAGAAUUGAUAAGAAAGGCGUAUGAUAAUGAAGUAGAUUUACAAUGUCACGCUAUGACAGGUAUGGCUGAUAUACAGAAUUACAACAUAUAUGGAAUAACUCUCGCCGAAGUAGAGAUUGAUGUAUUAACAGGAGAAUGGAAUAUAAUUAGAGUAGACUUGAUUGAGGAUGUUGGUCGUAGCGUGAAUCCUGAACUAGAUAUUGGUCAGGUCGAAGGUGCGUUUGUUAUGGGUUUAGGGUUGUGGACUACAGAGGAAUUAGUUUAUGAUGACACUGGAGAACUGCUCACAGAUCGAACUUGGACCUACUGGGUACCACAAGCGAGAGAUAUACCACAAGACUUCCGGAUAUACUUUAGAAAGAAAUCUUUUAGUAAUAAUGUUAUUCUUGGAGCUAAAGCUACUGGAGAACCAGCUACAUGCAUGGGUGUAGUCUUGCCUAUAACAAUGAGGGAAGCAAUCGUGGCGGCCAGGUUGGAAACUGGGUUGCCUAGCAACCAGUGGUUUGACAUAGACGGCCCAUAUACAGUAGAGAAAAUAUGUCUUGCGUGUGCCACCCGGAAAGAAGAUUUCAAAUUUUACUAAUUGACAUG